GGUCACUGCGAGGUUGUAAAGUACUUGUCUUGUGGAUAUGGGCGACAAAGAUGUUUGUAGAGGCUCAAGCUGUUAACAAUAAUUUACUUGCAACUUCGGCGUGGUUCUUUAUAAUUAGAACGUUGUUACUCGCAGCAAAACUGCAGUUUUCAAAGGCAUUCUGUAAACAGUAAAAGAUGGACUGGAUAAUAUCUUGGUUGGAUAGCUGGGCUGAAAAUUCAAGCUUAAGAAACAUCAUCAAAAUAAUUUUGAGAAAACUUUCUGGCAAAUGUGAAUUGCAAAGAAUAUGUGAAAGUGCACCUGCAACUCCAGCUCAAAUGAAAAAAAUAGAGAAUUCCCUGUAUCAUUCCAAAUACCCAGAGAUAAGAAGAAUCAUUGUAUCUGAUGACAUGAAGGUCAAGUCUGCAUUUGAAAUUAUUGUAAGGACAAAGCGUAUAACGCUAGAUGAUCAUCCAAAUUUAAUAAAAACAAUGCCGAUUUUCCUUGCCAAGAUUUUGAGCUACAAUAAACUGACAACAAAAGUUGAUGAGAUCAGAUCUGAGCCUUUCAAUGAGGAAAAUGAAGUUCAUGAAGAAUUACUUUUGCAGCUUUGGGAAGCACUUAAGCCUAAUGAGAAAUUGGAUAACAGAUAUUCAAAACAGUGGGGAGAAAUUGGAUUUCAGGGGAAGAAUCCAGCUACAGAUUUUAGAGGAAUGGGAGUGCUUAGCUUGAAAAACCUCAUAUAUUUCAUUGAAAGUAAGACAGAUGAAGCAAAAAGACUUUUUAGCUUAUCACAGCAUCCUAGAUUUGGUUAUCCUUUUGCUGUAGCUGGUAUAAAUUUGACUGGUGUUGCCUUUGAUUUGCUGAGAUCUGGGGAGCUUAAGGCAUAUUUUUAUGCAGCUGCUGCCACAAAGUUUACGUUGGAAGAUUUCCAGAGGUUAUUUGUCCAAAUGUUUUGUGCAUUCAGUGACUUUUAUAUUUCAUCUGAACCAGAAAAUGUCAUGGAAUUUAAUCAGCAGCUAAAUAAUUAUAAGAAAAUAAUAUCACAGAGACUCUGCAAAGGGGACACAAACUUGUUGGCAGAUGGAACAUUUUUGCAAGUAUAACAUUGAAAAAGAUCAGCCUUUUAAAUAAAAUAUCAAUAUAUUCAUGCUAUGUAACCUAGACAACUGUAUGGCAUCAAUUCCACUUGCCAGUCUUUUAGGUUUAAUUUACAGAUAUGUUUA